CUCUCUGGUGGUCUUUUCUUUACCUGCACUGCCUCACCAUUUCGGUUACAGGUUUUGCUAUUGCCGGUGUAGACCAAACGACCUUGCACUCCCAUGGCGUAGUCUGGAGACAAUCUGAACCAUCCGACACAAUAUUUAUUUAAUUAUCAGCAUAUGCGUAAGAUAUCUUUGAAUAUGGUUAGCAAAUUCAUUUAGCUCUAUUUGCCAUACUGCUACCUGCUGUGGUAAAACACAUCAUCAAUGAGUUCCAAGGCCAUCAUAUCUGUAACAGCCACAGUCAGCACCCUUUGCCAGUUCCUGACUGGUGUGCCCAUAUGCCUGCAGGUGCGGAGGCAGGGCGAGGCCGGCGAGAUAUCCGGCCUGCCGUUCGCCGCCGGCUGCCUCGGAUGCUCCCUCUGGCUCAAGUACGGCCUGCUAAUCGGGGACCCGGCCAUGAUCACCGUCAACUUUUCAGGCCUGGUUCUGCAGGCCUGCUACCUCGCCUUCUACUACCGCUUCUGCUUCGGUGUGGUGUCGCUGUCGGCGGUGCGGCGUCAGGUGCUGACGGUAGUGGCGCUGGUGUCGACCGCUUACUGGUACAUGGACGUGUACGAAAAGGACCGGGCGCUGGCGCAGUACCGACUGGGCUGCGCCGCCGCGACCGCCAGCAUCGGCUUCACCGCCGCGCCGCUCGCCUCGCUGGCUGAGGUGAUCCGCAGCAAGUCGACCGAGGUGCUGCCGCUGCCGCUCAUCGUGGCCACGUUCGCAAUGAUGCUGCAGUGGUUCGUCUACGGCGUCCUCAUCGACGACGCGUUCGUCCAGGUACCGAACUUGGUCGGCACGUUCGUCAGCGGCUUCCAGUUACUUCUGUUCGUGGUUUACCCGCGCACCAGGAAGCAGCACGUGGCUGCGGCCGUGACCCGCAUAUGAGGCCGGCGAGACCGGCCGGCGCCCGUGUCCCGCGCGUCUCGCCGGCCCCGUCGGCCGUGGCACGCCCUUCGAAUGACAUGACUCUAAAGGCGUGAGGCGCCACGGAAGCGUCGUUGACAGCUGCGAAGAGGCAUGCGGCGAGAGACGCGCAGCGCCAGCGAGGAGCCCUCGCCGCUUCGAAUCGAAACUCUAGCGCUGGUGGCGCCAUUACAUACAGCACUACGGCUGCGGUACUGACUGGCUCCAGUGGGCCGCGGUACGAAGACUCCAGGGCGGAGUCGUGCCGGCCCUCCGGCCUGCCCCUUAGAGUGCGCAGCCUGACGUGUCGCGGGACCCCACGGGCCAUGGAACGGCCCCACGGCUGCGCGCUCCGUUUCAAAACCUCACAAGUACCUACUUUAAAUAUUAGGAGGGUAGAGAGAGCUUCCAUGAUGGUCUGGGCCCAGUGCCUUCUUCCAUAUCUGGCGGUACAUUUCCCCUAGUACCUGUUGCAUUUGCGUGCUGUGCCCAGUUGCUGGUACACAUUCUUAAGCGCCAUGAUUUUACGCGCGUCGUAUUACGGAGAAUCAGGGCAAGACGGAGCAUAUAUUUUAAACGUUGACGGGUGAGCGCCGCGGUAUUCGUGUUCGUAUUGACGCGAGCUGCCAGCUGUGAUGAGUCUUCCUUACCGUGUGCUGGCAGCGCGUGUGUUUGUGCAAACGUGGGGGGGGGGGAUGGUGCAUUUCGUGAGCGGUGUUCCAAGAUGACAGGGCGCGAGCUUCCACUCUCCGCUGCAUCAGCGUGGUCGUGUUGGGUGCGUGACGUCAUCGCGUCUCAUGGAUGGACGACGAUGCUGCCGCCGGGUCCACGUGGGGUGCUCAACGUGUGUGACGUCGACUGUCACCGCUGUGAUAGCGGCAGCUCCGCUCCACCGUGCUGUUGUGUUUUGUAAGUUUUAUGAUACACUGAGC